AUGCUGCAAAUUAGGAGAUGGUGGUGUCUUGUCCUCCUACAGAACUUCCCCAUGCCGUCUAAGGAAACCAGAUUGCAGGAAAGAAAAAGACAGAGAAAGCAAAAAGGAAAACAGGAUCUGGAAGUGGUCCCUCCAAAAAGUAUUCGGCUUUCAGAAUCUGUCUCUGAAGCAUCAGCAAAGGCUGAGAGCUUGCCGGAAGUGGGAACUGGGAACGGAGAGGAUUCCCUGCUUAUGGACACCUUAACGGCAGCAAGGUGGUGUGGCACAAGAUCCUUCAAGGGAAAACUUUACCUUCCCCAGGUCAUCACCAUGAACAAGGAAGAUUCCUUGAGGGCAGUGGAAAUGCUGCGCAUGUGUGAUGGCCUGGAUGAAGAGUAUAAAGAAGACCUCAGUGAACCGUUCAUGUUCAUGUUUAGUUUGCAGGCAGACUAUGAGGAGUUCUGCAAGGAAAUGAUAGACAAAAGGCAGCUGCAGGUGUUUUCCGGCUUUGAAAUGAGAUAA